CUUUGCUAUCGAUUGACGCCCGUCACCAGAAAUAAAAUAACAAACGACGCCGCGCAAUAAUUCGAAACUCCUUACAGUUAUUUAAAAAACGAGCGUAGAGCCCGCAAUAACAAAAUAAAAAUGAGCAACAAGAGCACACCGGUGCGCCAGCGCAUCCAGCAGUUCCAGACGCGAGGAGUCCACAAAUCCACGCCGGCGUCCGAGAUGCGCAAGAAGGUGCUGAUGACGCGGACGGAGGAUCGGGAUCACCGCGUUCACCUGGAUCGUCCCGAACAGCUGCUGAACACUGCCUUCAGUGGAAGCACCCCGCAACCGAAAUCCAAGUCCACGGCGCUAAAUGCCUGCUACACACCCUCGUCACUGUAUAGGAAUGCAAACAAUACUCCUGGAAGAUCAAAGACUCCAGGCACCGGGAAAUCCAGCUGCAACAGGCCGAAGGAGCGGGACUCCCUUAUGGAGUCCUGCCUUAGCGUGUCCGAGGAGAGCAACAUGAUUGUUGCUGUACGAGUGCGCCCCCUGAAUGCCCUGGAAUGCACACGUGGUCAGGUCACCAAUGUGGUCCAGGUGCACGGAAACAGCAACGAGCUGACUGUCCAAGCGGGAAGCAGUGCUGAUUCCUCAGCCGGGGUGACGCACUUCUUUAGCUACGACCAGGUCUACUACUCAUGCGAUCCUGAGAGAAAGAACUUCGCCUGCCAGGCCAAAAUCUUUGAGGGCACAGCUCGUCCUUUGAUCGACACCGCCUUCGAGGGCUAUAAUGCCUGCUUGUUUGCCUACGGACAGACGGGCUCGGGCAAAUCUUACAGCAUGAUGGGCAUCGAAGCAUUGGAUGACGCCGCUCUGGACGGUGGACCGCCGCACGAUGAGGCGGGCAUCAUACCCCGCUUCUGCCACGAGCUAUUCCGCCGGAUAGAGGCUGUGAAAAGUCAGCAGCAGCUGCAGGUAGAGGUGGAGGUCAGCUACUUUGAGAUCUACAACGAGAAGAUACACGAUCUGCUGAGUGUCCAACAUGCGGCAGCUGGCUCUGGAGAUUCCACGCCUAUCCAACAGCAGCAGCAGCGGCCGGCUCUAAAGGUGAGAGAGCAUCCCAUCUUUGGGCCCUACGUAGUGGAUUUGAGUGCCCACUCGGUGGACUCUUACUCGGCACUCCGCAAUUGGCUUGCCGUGGGCAACUCCCAGCGGGCCACUGCCUCCACGGCCAUGAACGACAAGAGCUCGCGCUCACACUCCAUCUUCAACAUUGUUCUGAACCUCACCGAUCUGAGCAGUGAUGAUGGCCUGUCCUCAGAUACGGAUUCGGGCACGGUUUCCUCCCUCCGGCAGACACGACGCAGCAAGAUUAGUCUGGUGGACCUGGCGGGCAGCGAACGCAUAAGCGUCUCUGGAUCGAAUGGCGAGAGGAUCCGCGAGGGCGUCAGCAUAAACAAGAGCCUCCUGACGCUGGGGAAAGUUAUUGCCGCUCUUGCCGAUUCCCGCAAGGCCAGCGGGAAUGGAGCCCUGGGCUCUGGAGCACCCAGCACCUUCGUUCCCUAUAGGGAGAGCGUGCUCACCUGGCUGUUGAGGGAAAAUCUCGGCGGGAACUCGAAGACGGUCAUGUUGGCCACCAUAUCACCGGCCAGUAUCCAUGCGGAUGAGACCCUAGCCACUUUGCGAUACGCCUGCAAGGCACGUUCCAUCGUCAACCGGGUGAAGGUGAACGAAUCUCCCCACGACAAAAUCAUACGGGAUCUGCGCGCCGAAGUGGAUCGCCUGAAGUCGUUGAGGAACGAGUACGAACGCCAGCGGCGCUUGUCCGGCAAUGCUAAUAAUCCUGUGCCACGUAAGAUCAUUAUUGAAACCUCCGUGGAUGAGACUGAAGUGGAGGCACUGCGUCAGCAGUUGGCAGAACGGGAAAGGGAGCUGAGUCGAGCGCAAAAAUCCUGGAUGGAGAAGCUCAAGGAGGCGGAGGACCAGCGCAAGUCGGAACUUCGUGUACUGAAACGCCGGGGAUUGGCCCUGGAACUAACCGCCGAGCAAAAGCAGGCCUGUCUGGUCAAUUUAACAGCGGAUCCCAUACUGAGUGGCACCCUGUUCUAUCUUUUGCCCCAAGGACUGGUGCGGAUAGGACGAGGUCGUCUGCCAGGAGGUAGUUCUAGUUCGCAGCCUGAUAUUGUACUGGAUGGUCCACUGGUGGCCUUGCAGCACUGCAGCAUCGAGCAUGAACGUGGUGGCAAGUUGUAUGUCAUUCCCGGCAGCGAGGACUUCGAGACCUACGUGAACGGAGAACUCCUGGACAAUCGUCGCCAGUUGUUCCAUGGGGACCGCCUCGUUAUAGGUGGUUCACACUACUUUCGCAUUUCCAAUCCCUUCUGCUCGCAGAGAGGCAAGUCCGAUCGUCCGGUAGAUUUCCAGCUGGCCCAUCAGGAGAUUUUGCAAAAGCAGGAGCAGCAACUUCGCACCGAACUGGAGGCGGAAAAGCGAGCCGCUCUCACUAAGAUCGAACAGGAGCGGGCGCAGCAUGCCCGGGACUUUGAGGAGCGUCUGCAGUGCCUCGAACUAGAGCAGUUUAAGUACAAAUGCAACAGCGAGAUGCUGGAGACGGAACGCCAAGCUCUAGCCUGGGCCCAACAACAGGAACACACACCCUUAAGACAGGAAGAUGCAGUAUCAACUCCAGCACAGAAGUCGACUAUACUGGAAGAUAUUCAGCGUAUCAUGCUGAAUCCCUCGGAGGAGAGUCUUCACAAAACCCAGUUGAUGGUCAAAGAGGCCACCCAGCGCUGUCGCCAGUUGGGUUUGCCAUUGGAAUUCCGACAAACUCAGACGCCCGAUGAGUUUGGUCUGCUGCGCUCUGUAAUCUUGAUCCUGGAUAAGCAGCGAGGAUUAAAGGCCGAGUGGCCCACUGCCAGACUCGGAGUGUGGUUGGAUUUGGUCAGGGAUAAUUCAGAACAGCAGGAAAAGUUGAAUGCCGACACCAUUUUCCAGAGUGUUGAGGUAGACUGGAAACCACUGGAUGCGGAUCUUAAUGAGACUCUGAGUGACACACACAACUCGAGCCGCAUCGCCCUUAAUCUGAGUGCCAUGAAGGAUGUUUUGUUGAAUAAACCGCUAAAAAGACUAUUAAACGCGACGAGCAGCAACAGCAAUACACCGCGGCAGACAUCAACUCCCUCACCUGGAAGUCAACUGGUGCACUUCACCAAACGCCUGCUGACCUACGAUCCUGAGGAAACACCUGGCAGCCAGAGUAGUUUUACCUCGCUCGUCCAGCAAGAGCUGCAAGUUAUGCAGCGAUCCGCCCAGCGAUUACGCCACAACUGCGAGGCUGCCCUACUCGAGCGGGAGAAUUAUCAGGACAACGGUGUCCUGGCCGUCAGCCUGCAUGAGGCUCUGGCACGACUAGACUCUGUGCUCAACGGGAUGCACACUUCAUUGGCUCGGGAGGAAGCCACUGCAAGCGUCACCUCGCCUUCGAAAACUCAGAAGGCUGUGCGUUUUCUUAUAGAUUGACAAAGAUUAGACCGCACUUUGGACUAAAUUUUAUGCUGCAAUGUGCUUUGUGUUUGUUUUUAUGUUUUUAAAUAUAUAUUUUGUAUAUUGGUUUUUAAAAAUAAAAUAUAUUAAUAGCACCAA